CACCUUCAAUUUAUUUACAAACAGCCAAGCAAAAUAACAAAAGUGAUUUUAAAAUUAAAUAGAAAAACACCUUCUUUAAUUAUUGUCUUAUAAAAUCAAAAACCUUGAAUAAUUCAAUUUAACUCACCUACUACAAAAUUGUUAUUUAAGUUGGAUAAACUAAACUACACAAACCAAUAAUUUGAGGGUGUGUGUGAAAUGUUUACAUUAAUUUGAAUUCAUUAAAUUUCUUUGGCAAUUAUGGAUAAAUUUAGUCCAACAAAAAGUGGUCCAGUAAGCAAUAUCGCUGAGAAUGAAGAACCGUAUCCUAGCUUAUCAGAUUAUCACGACUACGAACCGAAUUUGGAGUUUGACGAUUCCGAAUUGCAACAAACGCCGAAUUCCGGUUCGAUAUCAGCAGAUUUCAUUCACGUAGAACCCAAUGGGGUAAUGGCAAUGGGUACUUCCCCUGUUGCCGAAUUCAUAGACGAAAACUAUGAGGAGGAACUUGCCGAUGCCAGAGAUGAGAAUUUUGACAGUCUUGCCUUCACAACUUCAUCUUAUCCUGAAGUUGGUGAAUCAGUUGGCUUAGAGAAAUUUAGUGAAAUUGCUAAAUACAAUAUAGUAGAUGUAAAAGGCGAUGAUGCAGUGGGAAGAAAGGUGAUUGUGCUUUAUGCUUCCAGGUUGCCACCUGCUAAAGAAAUCGAUCAUGGAUUGUUUUUAAACUACCUGAAAUACACAUUAGAAUCUUAUGUGAAACAAGACUACAGCUUGAUGUAUUUUCAUUACGGGUUGACCAGCAAAAACAAGCCAAGCUUAGGCUGGCUAGUGCAAGCUUACAAAGCCUUUGAUAGAAACUACAAAAAAAACCUCAAAGCUUUAUAUUUGAUACAUCCCACUGGCUUUUUAAAGUUUGUUUCGCAAAUAUUCAAACCAUUGAUUAGUGCCAAGUUUGGCAAAAAGCUAAACUACAUUUACAGCCUCAAGGAGCUAAACGAUGUUGUGUCUUUGGAUAAAUUAGACAUUCCUUAUGAAGUUAUUGAGUACGAUAAAAAAAUGAAUGGCAACUACCCUGUACCAACCGCAACUGAUUCACCUCUAACACCCACUCAACAAUUUGGAGUUACCCUACAAUUCAUCAAAGAUCACUAUAAUGUCACAAUACCUCCAGUAGUCAAACAAUGUGUAGAAUAUCUGGAACAACCAGACGCUUUGGAAACUGAAGGGAUUUUUCGUCGUUCAGCAAACGCCCUUAAAGUUCGGGCCCUUAAAGAUGUGGCCAACAGUGGACAAGCCUUGGUGUUUGAAGACCCUCACGAGGCUGCAGUGCUUCUGAAAAAGUUUCUCAGGGAUUUGAGGGAGCCGUUGCUCACUUUUGAGCUUUAUGAUGAGAUUAUGCAGUUUCAAAGCUGGAGUAAAGAUGAACAACUAAGAAAUGUGUCUAUAUUAGUAAUGGAAAAACUACCAGAGGACAAUUAUAAAGUCCUUAAAUACAUAAUUGGGUUUUUAUCAAGGGUAAUGGAACGUUCAGAUUUGAACAAAAUGAAUGCACAAAACUUGGCGGUGGUGUUUGGACCAAAUUUAGUCUGGUCUGAGCUUGUGUCAAUGUCCUUAGCCGCUAUAGGACCCAUCAAUAUGUUUACCCAAUUUUUGUUGCAGCACAACAAUGAAAUAUUUAUGAUUUAAAUGAGUUAAUAUUAUAAAUGUUGCUAUAUUUAAUUUACUUUUUUGCGCAAGGCAGGAUAAUAUAUUUUUAUACAGUGCUAAUUUAUUUUUCGGCUAUACUACUAGUAAAACAGAAGAUGCAACUUAAAAUUUUAUUAAUUUAAAAAAAAAAAUACUAUAACUAUAUUAUAAUAACCUGAUAUAUUCAAAGGAUUGUCCACUUUAUAAGGAAAAAAAAUAAGAUUUGUGAUAGCUUUUUUUUGUUUUUCAAUAAUGCCCUUUGUAAAAGGGUAGUUGAUAGUUCUUGUGAACCCAAUAAUCGAAUGUUAGGAAUAUACAAAUUUUAUGUAAAGUAAGAACGAAUUAUUAUAAAAUAUUAGUACCUUAUAUAAUUUCAGUCAAAAUACCAAAGACAAAAAUAUUUUUUUUGUAAAAAUCUUGAAUGCAGUUGCCAAGUUAUUGAAAAGAAGAGAGACUUUUGUAAAAUAGCAUUCAUCAGUAUUAGUUUCUAAGACAUUUUUUAUUCCAUAAUUUCAGCUUCUUUCUAAUAAUAAUUUGUUAUUUUAUCUAAUUUAAUAAAAUUUAUGGAUUUAUAA